AUGGACUUUAUUCACUGCAACAUCUGCUUUGAAGUCCCCAAAAAUGGAGGAAGGACCUUUUUCUUGACUUCUUGCGGCCAUAUUGUUUGUGCUAAAUGCGUAAAAAAGAGUAAGUGUUGCCUAAAAUAAUGGUUACGUUUUUGCAGAUAAACAUACGACAACACCUUCUCGAUCAGAGGUAUGCCGGACGUGCAAGAGUACCUGUGAUUAUUCUGAGAUAAAUCGAAAUUUGGAUGGGAAUUCAAAAAUGUUCUUCCAAAGUCCCAAAGAUUUGGCCGCACAGUAUAUGAUAAACCUGAAGAAAGUUUUGGAGUUUCAGAGUUAUCACAGGAGCCGGUUUUUUAAGUAUCAGACGGAAAAGGUAAGUGAUGGGAUUUAGAAAGUCUUAUAUAUUGUUUAGAUGAAUUAUUUGAAUAAAUAUGCAAAGGCUGCCCAGACUGAAAUUAAGAAAAGGCAGGAGAAUGAGAAGAAGAUAUUAACAGAAAAAGAAAAGUUGAGGAAUUAUUGCAAGGAAAGGGCUCAACAAUGUCAAGAAUUGGAGGAACAGUAAGCUAUAUCAACCAUUCCAUUGUAUCCUCAAUUUAUUUAUGCAUUUCUUUUCAGAUUAUCGAGGUGUAAAGAAGAGUUGAUCUUGUUGUCAAAUAAGUAUAAAGAAGAGAACAAUCACAGAAAGUCAAGUCGUGAGAGAGAAAGAUCGGCUACUCCAAAGAGAAGUACGUUCCUAUGUUAAUAUAAUGUUGCGUUUAGGUCAGAACAAUCAAUUUCCUCAAUUAUAUGGGGACACUCCAAUCACAACCCUGUCGAUGGGUUGCACAACUAGCACACCAAAUGAUGUAAGUUUCAUGCGAUACGUUUUUAUGUUGUUUUAGCCGUGUUUUUUGAAUGCGAAUCCCAAUGCCAUCAGUCCGAUGUUUCAAGAAAGUCCUGUGGUCGCCUGUGGUGGGGAUUAUUUGACGACGCCAGCUCUUCUCGGCCUUCCAAAGACAUCUCAAAGGUAAGGGUCCAGUGUAUCUUAAGUCCCCUCUUAGACGAUCUCUGGGAAACCGUGCAGAGAUGCCAACGCCCUCCUUCUUUCAUCUUUAG